CAGCAUCAGCCCGGCUGCUUAAUACACACGUGCUUAUGGCCUAUCGCGGCGCCUGCGCGGUCGCAGCCUGCAGUUCGCCCUUAGGACAGACGCCUGUCGCACCUUGACUCCCGCUGUCCGCUCGAGCCGGUCUGUGCUCAGUGUCUUGUGCACAUCCUUGCAAGCGACGGCGCCAUGAGUAUGACUUCCAGCGUACGAGUUGAAUGGAUUGCAGCGGUUACCAUUGCUGCUGGGACAGCUGCAGUUGGUUAUCUAGCUUACAAAAGAUUUUAUGUCAAAGAUCAUCGCAACAAAUCUAUGGUAAACCCUCACAUCCAGAAAGACAACCCCAAGGUAGUACACGCUUUUGACAUGGAGGAUUUGGGAGAUAAAGCUGUGUACUGCCGUUGUUGGAGGUCCAAGAAGUUCCCACUCUGUGAUGGCUCUCACACAAAACACAAUGAAGAAACUGGAGACAACGUGGGACCUCUGAUCAUUAAGAAAAAAGACACUUAAAUGGACACUUUUGAUGCUGCAGACCAACCUGUCAUGAUGUUUCCUGAUCGUUUAAUUAGAAUGAGUACCACUUGUGUCUAAUUCAUCUCCCCUGGGUUCUAGAUGUGGUAUAUUGCAAACUACAGCUUUCAUAUUCACGGCAUUUGCCUUACUUGUUGAACCAUCGUGGUGCACGUUUGUUGAAACAAAAAAAACAAGGAAAAAGGAAAAUCCAAUCUCAUGGACUGUGGGUUAUUUUGGUCUUGUAAGGAUCCAUUUCUUUACAUUUAAAAAUGGCAUUACAAUAUAGUUGUAUGGCGAAGUUAACGUAUUAAAUUAUUCUCAAAAUCGUGUA